AGGUUCAAUGGCUUCAGAUAAAGAUGCUCCACCUACAAACUCACAAGAAAACUCACAAGAAAGAGAUGCUCCGGAUACAAAUGCUCCACCUGAUACUGAAGCAAAAGAAGUUGCACGAGGCAUCACGAUUAUGAAGGGAAUCAUACGACAUAGAGACCAAGGAUUAGUAUACCCUUUGGAAUGGAAUUCUGAAAACCAACCAAUUGGUCCUAAUUCUGCAAAGUUGACAAGUUACAUUGGUACACUUGUUCGUAUGCAUAUUCCAAUCUCCGUAGCUAAAUGGAAUAUGAAGAGUGACGACUUGGAUAAUAAAAAAAAGGCGAUUUGGGAAGAGCUUCAGAGGACCUUUGACAUACCAGAUGAGCGUAAAAAGUACAUACUUAGUUUGGCCGGAAAAAGAUAUAGAGGGUGGAAAGCUUUUUUGACAAAUAACUAUCUUAAGGAUAAAGAUGGAAACUUUCUUGAAGAGGCGCCGGGAAGACCACUAAAGUAUAAGAUCUUCAUUGAUGAAGAAGAUUGGGUUAAGUUUGUAAAUCAAAGAGAUGAAGCUUUUCGGAAAAGGAGUGUCACAAAUAGCGCGAGAGCAUCAAAACCCGCAUAUCCAUACAAAAAAGGGCGUAUGGGAUAUGCACGCUUGGAGGAUAAAAUCUUGGAGGAGUCUAAAAGUGAGGAAACCUCACUUCCUGUACAUGUGUUGUGGAGGGAAGCUCGGGUGGGCAAGAAUCAAGCCGUCGAUCCCGAAGUUCAGAGAGUGUAUACUGAAUGUGAGACCUUGUCGCAAUCGGUGUCCACCGGUGAGGAUCAUGAUGAUAGGAGCGUACUUAGUAGAGCCCUACAUGCUCCUGAGUAUCCCGGUCGGGUGAGGGGUAAGGGUCAUGGUGUGACUCCAACCUCUUAUUACAAGAAUCCUAGGAGAAGAAAUCCUUCAAAUGAAGAAGUGUUGCAAAAGUUGGCGGAAUUGCAAGCACAAGUCUCUGCAUUGCAAAAAGAUAAAGAUUUGUAUAUAAGAGAAAAGUGCAAUACUGCAUCGGUGAGAGAAACUAGUGAUAAAGCUAGUUUCAACGGUCAAAGAAAAUUUCCCGAGGGCAUUUCUUCUUGCCAACUAUUCUUAUCGGCACCGUGUUAUCGCCUAGUUGGCAAGGGAAAAGUGCACAACACUGUGGGAGAUUUACUUCACCAUAGACCGCUCCCGGAUGGACACCUGAAAGUAUCGGUGGAUGUUGUAGUAGAUCAUGAUGCGAUGCUACCGGUACCUGACUUGGUCUCAGAGACGACAUUGCUGCGAGAUGCAAUAGGAUCAUUUGUUGCAUGGCCCUCAGAGCUCAUUGUCAUUAGUGAUGAGGUAUAUUGA